CGCGCUUUGUUGUUAUUGUUGUCGAACCUUCGUCACGAAACGCAUCGCGCGUUUAUUUGUGAGGAAAAUAGUGGGUACGUUUAACAAAAAAUCAUACUAUUUUCAAUAAAGGAUUUAAAUAAUUAACCUCGACCCCCCCUCCUCCUCCCUCACGAGCUGGGCCGCCCUCUUUGUUGUUGUCGCUGCUGCUGCUACUGCAGCGAUGGCGGACAAACCCUUCAAGGCGGAGUACGCUAAGAGCAGCCGCGCUUCGUGCAAAAAAUGCGGCGGCAACAUUGAGAAAGACUGCCUGCGUCUCGCAGUCAUGGUGCAGUCACCCAGGUUUGACGGCAAGGUGCCACAGUGGCACCAUUUCCAGUGCUUUUGGAAGCGCGCGCGGCCUUUGACGCAGGCCGAUGUGGACGGCUUCAGCGAGCUGCGCAGCGCUGACCAGGACCGCAUCAAGAAGCACAUCGAGGGCGGUGCGGAUGGUGAAGGGAAAAGCAGUGGCAAAGCAAAUGGAGGAGGAGCAGCAGCAUCAAACACCCUCCCAGAUUUUGUGGUGGAGUACGCCAAGUCCAACCGCAGCAAGUGCAAGGGCUGUGAUGACAAGAUCGAGAAGGACGACGUGCGUAUCUCACGGAAGAUGAUCAACAUUGAGAAGCCGCACCUGGGCAUGAUUGACCACUGGUACCACACCAACUGUUUCGUGGAACAUCGCGAUCAGCUGGGCUUCCUUUCGACGUACGGCGCAAAUCAGAUCGGUGGCUUCACUCGGCUCAACGCCAAUGACAAGAAGGCUGUCGAGGCCCUGCUUGGCACUGUUGUCGUCGUCGUCGAUGGAAAACGUAAAGCAGAGGAUCAGGUAGAUGAGGUGGCCAAGAAGAUCAAGUUGGAGUCCAUGAAACAGAAGGAAGAGGAAGAUAAGAUGCUAAAGAAGCAGAGCAAUGUUAUCUGGAGCUUCAAGGAUGGCUUGAAGAGUUGCAGCGAUGAGAUUGACCUCAAGGAGCUGCUGAUUGCCAACAAACAGGCCGUGCCAUCCGGCGAGUCUGCGGUGCUGGAGCGCCUGGCUGACGGAAUGGCGUUCGGUGCGCUUCUGCCAUGUGCAGAGUGUAAGGACGGGCAGCUCGUGUGCAUGAGUGACGCUUACCGCUGCACGGGGAACAUCUCCGGCUGGACCAAGUGCACAUUCAGCACAAAGACACCCAAGCGCAAUGAGUGGAUCAUCCCAAAGGAGUUCAAGGAUGUGCCAUUCCUAAAGAAGUAUAAGUACAAGCAGCGCGAGCGCGUCUUCAUGUCCGCCCAAGCUACUACCAGCCCGCCACGCGCUGCCACCGUCGCCACUGCCACCGUCGCCACUGCCGCAACCAAAAGUGGAGAAGCCCCCGGAACCAGCGCUGGCGCAGUCCCAGGGAAAUUAUUGGUCGGCAAGGCGUUGUGCUUGGUGGGGAAGCUGCAGAAGAGUCGUGAUGAUAUCAAGGCACUGGUGGAGAAACUGGGAGGCAAGAUGACCAGCACAGUCUCCAAGGCCGACUUCUGCAUUAGCACCAAGAAGGAGGUGGAGAAGAUGUCAAAGAAGAUUGCGGAGGCUCAGACGUACAACGUAUGCGUGGUGGCGGAGGAUCUGCUCGCAGAGGACUCGGGGCGGCCCUUGGCUGAGCUGGUGUCGGCGCACCGCCUCUCGACCUGGGGGGCGUCAAUCAAGGUUGAGCAGGAGCCAACGGUGAAGACCGAGCCAGUGCUGGAGGUUCCCAAGGAGGCGUCGGCUAAGAGCAGCAAACGAAAGUCGGAGGGUCAGAAGGCCGAGGCGAAUAAGCUGAAGCUGACUGUGAAGGGUCGUGCUGCCGUGGACCCCUUGUCUAAUUUGGUGGAUGUGGCCCACGUGCUGGAGGAUCAUGGCAUGAUCUACGGCGCCGCAAUGAGUCUGGUGGAUGUUGAGAGAGGAACCAACUCGUACUACAAGCUGCAGCUGCUGGAGUGUGACCUCAAUCGAAAAUACUGGGUGUUUCGCUCAUGGGGCCGCUUGGGCACGACGAUCGGUGGCACCAAGCUGGAGAAAAUGAAGAGCCGUGAAGACGCGGUGGAGCACUUCUGCCAGCUCUACUUCGACAAGACCGGCAACAAAUGGAACACCCGCAACUUCGUCAAGUACCCCAAUAAGUUCUACCCGGUGGAGACGGACUACGGGCAGGAUGAUGAGGACAUUCAUGAUCUGAAGGCCAUGGCGGGUACCAACUCGAAGCUAGCAAAGCCGAUUCAGGAACUGCUGCGCAUGAUCUUCGACAUAGACAGCAUGAAGAGGACCAUGGUAGAGUUCGAGAUCGAUCUCUGCAAGAUGCCUCUUGGAAAGUUGAGCAGGAAGCAGAUCCAGAGCGCCUACAGCGUGCUGGGGGAUGCACAGAAGCUGGUGUCCGAGAGUGGCCUCACCUCGCUGAUCCAGGACCUGUCCAACAAGUUCUACACCCUCAUCCCGCACGACUUCGGCAUGAAGAAGCCCACACUCCUGGACAACCUCGACUAUAUCAAGAUGAAGGUGGACAUGCUCGACAACCUGAUGGACAUCGAGGUGGCAUACAGUCUCCUGAACCCCAAGGACGAGACGUCGGGUGGCAAGAAAGAUUUGCUGGAUGCAAGCUACGAAAAACUGCACACCACUAUAGAGGUGCUGGGUAAGGACACGGAGGAGUUCCGAGUGAUCCUGGAGUAUGUCACCAACACGCACGCGCACACGCACGAUGCCUACGAGCUCGAGGUGGAGGAGGUGUUCAAGGUGUCGCGGGACGGCGAGUUCCAGCGCUACCGCCCGUUCCGCGAGCUUCACAACCGCCAGCUUCUGUGGCACGGUUCCCGCAUGACAAACUACGCCGGCAUCUUCUCCAAGGGCCUCCGCAUCGCGCCCAAGGAGGCUCCAGUGACGGGCUACAUGUUCGGCAAGGGUGUCUAUUUCGCCGACAUGGUGUCCAAGAGUGCCAACUACUGCCACACAAGCCCCAGCAACCCCACCGGCCUCAUCCUGCUCGCCGAAGUCGCCCUCGGCAACAUGCAUGAGCUGAAGCAAAGCGAAUCGAUUACCAAGCUGCCAAAGGGAACCCACAGUGUGAAGGGUGUGGGUAAGACGGCGCCUGACCCGAAGAAGACCGUGACUCUCAACGGCGUGCAGGUGCCCAUUGGCAAUCCUGCCGCGACGGGCAUCAACGACACCAGCCUGCUGUACAACGAAUACAUCGUUUACGACGUGGCUCAGGUGAACAUCAAGUACCUGCUCAAACUGAACUUCAAGUACAAGAUGCAGCUGUGGUAGACAAGCGACAGGCGGAAAACACACAAAACAAAAAAAACAAAACGCACGCCAAGGGACUGGACUGAACAUGCUGACACAACACAGUUGGACGCAAAGAAUCGGAGCCGCAAGUUUGAGUAAGCCGUGGCAUCACAAACUUAAAGAGCGCUGCGACACCUCUUACACCACACACAGGCAACAUGCACAACUACUUGCACGCCCCACAGAUACGCCCCUCAAUCUGCGCUAACAUCGGUGUCGACACGUGGAGGUGUAGGUAGAACACUGCAGUUUAUUUCCAUGUAAUCAGUGUAACGUUUAUGUAGUCAGAACGUUUUAACGAUUAUGGCGAGGUGAGCUCACUUGAUAUGUUUUCGGUUGUAAUACGUGUUGUUCGGCACGAUGAUCAUCGUUUCACUCCACGUCCUGGGGGGGGGGAUCCUCUUUGGAAACUGAAUGGAGCAGAUCACACGACGUAGCAGAGAGCCCGUGGUCUCGUGGAGCGUUUGAUGGAUAGCACCAUUCCGCCUAUCUCGCGCGAGCACUGCGCUUAUAUCUUGAGAAAGGGGAUUUGUGUGUUGUUGGCGAGCGGUGUACGCUGUGGGCUGUGGUCAUUGGCGGUGGUGGGGACGACGGUUAGUGUGGGCACGUGGGGUGUAUUGAACUUCACUUGCACCGUGCAAGGAUUUGAAAGCAUCGUGGAACGAGUAUUAUAAGUGAGAUCUAUGUUAAUCGAUGUAGCAGUAGUGCGUGCGCGGGGAAAGUUAACUCCUCACUCGCAAAGGAGACCAAACUGAUUUAUUUGUAUAAGCUAAACUAUGUUAAUGCAACACUUUAGAACAUAAGGUACACACAGUGAACAUUUGAAUCUGGAAGUGUGUUUUUCUGCUGCAAUCUGCAAGUUAUGAUUUGUGAGACAUUUACAUUUCACAUACUGGAAGCUGUGAGUUGGAUUCUAAAAUUUUGAGUCACAAUUGUGGUGCAUGUGAUGUUAAAAUCACCAACAUGCAACAUGAGAAUAUAAGGUGGCUGAAAAAGGUUUUUUCCCAGAUUUUCAUAUAUACCUCAGGUUUUAUAGGCUGGCCUUCGUUCAUCUCUUCCCCACAAUGGGCUACACCGUGCUGUUUAACUCCAACAUGGGGUCUGUUGCGACUAUCUGUAACUGUUGUUGCAGCAGGCAAACACAUUAACAGAGGCACUAUUGUAAAAUUUCGAUUUAAAGCUUUCGUGACUGCAGGGAUUCAUCUUCUUGGUUCUUUCGGUAAAGUCACGUAGAAGGGAAGUAAUAAAAUAAUAAAAAUAAAACAUAAUAAAACAGUGCUCCAACAUUUUUUGAGUCAAGGCCAGAACACUAGUUUCCCCAAGUGCUAGUUUUGGUUGUUAUUUGUAUAACGAUAGAUCAUCUAUGAUAAGACGCUUGAAACAUGCAAACAUAUAAUAAGGUAGGGCUAUUAAGAAGCCAAUAGCAGCCUCGUGUUUAGAACGUGACGUAUGUGAAAUGUAGCCCGCUUCAGUCGUCUAGACAAGUUGCGCUUGCUUGAAGUCUGCUAGUUUUUGCUACUCAAGCUUACACGUUUUCACUUUUGUAUGUUUUAAAAUAACUUGAUAUUAAUCCUGCCUUGUGAAGCUCCUUCUCUGGUUUUGAGUUACUGUAUAGGUGAGCACCCUGUUAUGACCUCACACACUGGUUCUGGGCUACAACGCACAGCCCAGGUAACCCCAACUGUGUCUCUAUACCUUUACGUCUGUGAUUUUGCAUAAAAAAACAACCACAGUGUCGCGUCUUUCAUUUAAUAAAACAUUUUUCAUAAUGAAUAACUA